ACCCUAGCUUGCCUGGACGGGUCGGUCAUUAUGUUGUGCACAAUCGUUUGUUUGGGAUGCAAUUCAGCUUGUUGCGGAUUUGUUUGCUGCGUGGUGUAGUAUUAAUCUAGGUUUACGUCGGAUUCAACUGAAUCUAGUCAAUCGCUGCCGUUGCGAGCGCUUGCCGGCCUGCUGCUUGGAGCUGGGAACUGGUGGUGCUUGUAAGCAUCGGUGGUGCCAUAGGGUGUUGGAGAUUCCUUGCAAGUCUUCAAAUCGAAUUGUAGUAAGAAAAGUGUAUGAGUUUGGCUCCAUCGUUGGCCUGAUAGGGGAAAAUUUGACUGUGAAAUAGUUUUCGUUGUUGAGUGAGAAGUUCCAUGUGAGAUAUAGUUUCAGCAGUGGAAUAAUGUUAUGCUUGUUUUUGCUGUAUUCAGCCUAAUAUUUCUAGUCAUCUUUGAGGUGAGCUUGUUUUACCUUGCCAGUUUUGCCUGUGAGGUCUGCUGCACCGUAGUGCUGUAAGAAAACUUGCGGAUGUUGCCCAUUUGAUCAGGGACAUUUUGCAAGCUGUUGCAAGUUUUUUGUGACCUGUCCAGCAAACUUAUCACUGUAGCAGUAUCCCAGCUGGUUUGACUAACUAUGCCGGCAUCUUUCUAUGUGUGAUAAAUAUGAUGCUAACAUUUUUUUACCUCUUCUUUAAAAGGUGGCACCUAGCUUGCCUAGUCAUUAGGCACCACCCUGCUGCCUAGGCUGCCUGAUCAGUGAUUAGGCGCUAGGCGCCACCCCCUAUUGCCUGGUGCUUACUUUUUAGAACAUUGUGUUUAGUGAGCAGGAUAUCUUAUACCAUGUUUGCAUUUUUGUACAGUGGCCUGUACUUCAAUGUAAUUGUAUACAUUUUUCUUGGGAUGUACUGUUUUCCCUUUACAUUAGUAUUCUGGGCAGCAGUAGUAUAUUUUAUUUAUUUUCCUUGUUUUACUUGUAGAUUUUAAUUAUCUUAAAUGGUGUGCAGAUUAGGUUUUUAAAAUGGAUGAAAUUAAAUUCUUUGCCGGACGGAUAUAACAAGGCCUACCUGACAAGGAGGUGUUGUGCAAGGCGAAAAGUUGCUUUGUUUUUUUUUUCUGGCCAUUUGGUCUCUUUGUAGUUGCAGGGACAGGGACAGUAAAUACUUUAGUUGGGGGAUAUUAUAUCAGUAUAUCAUCUUUAUGCAGUUGCAGGGGUUGUACCUUUGGUGUUAGCUAUUUGAACGGGGUGCAGAUUUAGGCUAAGUAACAGACCGCAGAUAUUCAAUAACGCUCUGCAAUAGGAGAAAUAUCAUAUUCUUCUAUGCCAUUUACUAUUGUGCUGUUGUUAAUCUAAUAUUAACGGUUUGAGUCAGUGUGCAGAUUAGGUCAUGAAAAGCAGUUGGGAUUAGUGUUGUUUUGCAAGAACUUGAGAUUUAUGUCUUGGACUGCAGGUCUUAGAGAUGCUCCUUUUUGGAGCAGCUAACCUCAGUGUUCAAGUGAAUGGGCUUUAGUCAGCUGGACUAAUUUCGAAUCAUGGCGGAGCACUUGGCUUCAAUAUUUGGUACGGAGAAAGAUAGAGUCAACUGCCCAUUUUACUUCAAGAUUGGGGCUUGCCGUCAUGGGGAUCGUUGCUCACGCCUCCAUAACAGGCCAACCAUCUCACCGACUAUUGUGCUUGUAAACAUGUAUCAGCGCCCUGAUAUGAUCACCCCUGGGGUUGAUGCUCAAGGCCAGCCAAUAGAUCCCCGCAAAAUGCAGGAGCAUUUUGAAGAUUUUUAUGAGGACAUCUUUGAGGAACUGAGCAAGUUUGGUGAGCUUGAGAACCUCAAUGUCUGCGAUAACCUUGCUGAUCACAUGAUAGGCAAUGUUUAUGUCCAGUUUAGGGAGGAAGAUCAGGCAGCUGCAGCUCAUACAGCCUUUCAGGGCCGCUUUUACUCCGGCCGCCCAAUUGUUGUUGACUUCUCCCCUGUGACUGAUUUCCGUGAAGCUACCUGCAGGCAGUAUGAGGAGAAUAGCUGCAACCGCGGUGGAUAUUGCAAUUUCAUGCAUGUGAAGCAGAUUGGUAAGGAUCUGAGGAAAAAACUCUUUGGGCAUUCAAGGAGGCCACACAGGGGAAGGAGCCGCAGCCCAAGCCCGCAUCACAGGAGAGAGCGUCGUGACCGUGAUGGCUACCGUGGCCGUGAUGAUUACCGUGGUGGUGGUGGUGGUGGGCGUAGGGGUGGAAGCAGCAGGCAUGAAAGGUACGAUGAUGGAGGAAGACGCAGGCAUGGUGGCAGCUCUCCCAGGCGUGCAAGAAGCCCGGUCAGGGAGAACAGUGAGGAGCGCAGAGCUAAGAUCGAGCAGUGGAACCGUGAAAGGGAGGAAAAGCAAGGGUGAGCCCCUCCUUCGAGGUAGGCAAGGCAGGCAUUAUCCGUUAAGUUGUCAGGUCGUUUUGCUGGCACCGUUCUAUGCUAUGUGUGGGAGUUUGCUAUUUUGUCAGGACUGUGUUCGACUCUGGUAAUUUGUAGGCUAAGGAUUCCAAUGUAUUUCACAGCAUGAGACUGAAACCGUCGUUUGUGUGUUGCCAAAUAACUUUUUGUAAGGCUGUUGUGCAUUUCACACCAUAGAACCGUGCUUUAUGCGGUGAUUCUUUAUUUUUGAGAAACGGAAGUACCUUGAUUUUGAUUUGUA